AUGUCUAUUCCUCGCUUCAUUCUCAUAGCACCUAAACCUCCUGUCUCUCCAAAAUACCCCACUAAGGCGUCUUUGUGCGAUGCCUGGGCCGCAGCGAUCAAGAAAUACCUUGAUGCGUCCAUCCAGCCCCUGUUCACAGUCCUCGAGGGAAAGCUGCUGGAUCUCGACCCAACGCAGCUCCAGUGCGACUGUAUGGUCUCACCCGCGAACUCAUUUGGUAUCAUGGACGGGGGAUACGACCUCGAGCUCUCACGGGCGUUCAAACGGGGGAACGACGAGUGGGUCCUGACUAAACACGUCCAGCUCGCCCUGCGGGAGCAAUGGAAUGGAUACGCGCCGCCCUCUACGUGCACAAUAGUCCCAUUACCCGCGGAUAUGGCUGGAGACGGCCACAAUCCUUGGUCCGCGCGCAAUCUUGCCGUCGUUCCCACAAUGCGCACGCCCGAGGACGUAUCUUGGCACCAGGACCUCGUCUACAACUCCAUGUGGUCGCUGCUCGCCACGGUAGCACGGUGGAACGAGACUCAUGCUGAGGAGAAGAUCGAGCGUGUGCUGAUGACAGGACUGGCUACAGGGCAGGGAGGUUUCACGGUAGAGAAGUGUGCGGAGCAAAUGAUGUUGGCUGUGAAGCAUUUUACGGAAGGUCUUCCUGAACACUUUAAGUGGGACACGGUGAUUCCACGCGACGAAGACAUUAGGAAGACGUACACGUGA